UCACGGAUGGAUUUCAAACUGCUUCUGUGUAACAGCCGUUAUUUGUUGAAAGCUGGCCGCGGAUUAUCCGUCACCGUUCGGGGGAAAGCGCCCGGCGCUGUGCUGUAGCCUGCAGACCGAGGAGAGAUGGCUGAGCGGCCCGUGGAUGUGUCGGCUCUGCCCGCGGAGGUCCGGGAGCAGCUGGCUGAGCUCGACCUGGAGCUGUCCGAGGGUGACAUCACCCAAAAAGGCUAUGAGAAAAAGAGGGCCAAGCUGCUUGCUUCCCACAUAACCCAGGCACAAAAUUUGGCUCCGCCUCCACAAAAUGAUGGACAGGAACCAGGUCCCAGUUCUGCUACUGUACCUAGCAAUGCAUCCUCAAGUUCUUCCUCUUCUCGGCAUCGUCGUGCACACCGAUCACAUCGUAGUGGUGGUACAAGAGAUGAGCGCUAUAGAUCAGACAUUCACACUGAGGCUGUACAGGCUGCUUUGGCCAAGCAUAAAGAGGAGAAGAUGGCACUGCCUAUGCCAACCAAACGGCGCUCAACAUAUGUGCAGUCACCCAUUGACAAUUGCACCCCACCAGAUUCCUCCUCUUCCUCUGACGAUGAAAGUGGGGCAGGAGGAAGUGCAGGCCAGGCACAGUCCCCUGACUCCUGGAUGAACAGCUCCAUCCCGGGCUCCUCCACCUCAUCCUCCUCAGCCUCCUCCACCAUGUCUCAUGGUGAGUCUCGCCCUCCUCAGGCCCCGCAGCCCCAGAGUCAGCAGAUGCACCCCCAGCCACCUCAUUCACACUCGCAGCCCUCGGCUCUUGCCGAAGCCUUCGCUCACGCCUGCAUCGAUCCUUCAGGAAUCAUGGGGGCUGAUGGCAUGUCACAGGCUCAAGCUCAAGCCAGAGCUCGGGGUUCGCGUGUAGAUCUGCCGUCCAACGCUGUGGUGAGAGGAAUGAGUCGUGGCCAGAGCAGAUCCAGCAUGAUGGAGACUGCUGACGGUGUUCCAGUGUCCACCCGUGUGUCAAUGAAGAUCCAGCAACUGCUCAACACACUGAAACGGCCCAAACGGCCCUCGCUUAGUGAGUUCUUCAUGGAUGACCAGGAGGAGAUUGUAGAAGUUCCUCGCCCAGACCCUAACACACCGAGGCCGGAGGGUCGGCAGAUUAUCCCAGUAAAAGGCGAGCCACUGGGCGUGGUCAGUAACUGGCCUCCUGCCCUCCAAGCUGCAUUAGCCAGAUGGGGUGCCACUCAGGGCAAAAGCCCGGCCCUCACAACACUUGACAUCACAGGAAAACCACUCUACACCCUCACCUAUGGAAAACUGUGGAGUCGAAGUGUUAAACUGGCCUACACCCUUCUUAACAAACUGGGAAGCAAGAAUGAGCAGAUUCUCAAGCCAGGAGACAGGGUAGCACUGGUGUACCCUAACAGUGACCCUGGGAUGUUUUGGGUAGCAUUUUAUGGCUGUCUGCUUGCAGAGGUCAUUCCUGUACCCAUAGAGGUGCCACUGUCCCGUAAGGAUGCUGGCAGCAGUCAGGUUGGUUUCUUGUUAGGAAGCUGUGGUGUGAGUCUGGCUCUGACCAGUGAGAUUUGUUUGAAGGGUUUACCGAAGACCCCGACUGGAGAAAUAUUGCAGUUUAAAGGCUGGCCACGGCUGAAAUGGGUUAUUACUGACUCCAAGUACCUCACCAAACCUUCAAAAGACUGGCAGCCUCAUAUCCCAACGGCUAACACUGACACAGCCUAUAUAGAGUACAAGGCGAGUAAGGAGGGGACAGUUAUGGGUGUUGCUGUGUCAAAGAUAGCCAUGUUAACACACUGUCAGGCUCUCACGCAGGCCUGUAACUACUGUGAGGGUGAAACACUGGUGAAUGUUCUUGAUUUUAAGAAGGACAUGGGUUUGUGGCAUGGCGUUCUAACAAGUGUGAUGAACCGGAUUCACGCCAUCAGUGUUCCAUAUGCAGUCAUGAAGGCCUGUCCUCUUUCCUGGGUUCAACGGGUUCACAUACACAAAGCACGUGCUGCCUUGGUGAAAUGUCGAGACCUGCACUGGGCCAUGAUGGCACACAAAGAACAGAGAGACAUCAGCCUGGCCUCGUUGCGCAUGCUCAUCGUCGCCGAUGGAGCCAAUCCCUGGUCCGUGUCAUCGUGCGACGCGUUUUUGAACGUGUUCCAGACUCAUGGUCUAAAGCCAGAGGUCAUCUGUCCAUGUGCUACCUCUCCAGAGGCCAUGACUGUGGCUAUACGCAGACCUGGUGUUCCUGGUGCCCCUCUACCGGCCCGGGCUGUGCUUUCCAUGACAGGUCUAAGCCACGGAGUGAUCAGGGUCAACACAGAGGAUAAGAACUCAGCCCUCACUGUACAGGAUGUGGGGCAUGUCAUGCCUGGAGCGCUGAUGUGUAUCGUGAAGCCGGACGGGCCGCCGAUGCUUUGUAAGACUGAUGAGAUAGGAGAGAUUGUGGUAAACUCUCGUGCUGGUGGAAACAUGUACUACGGCCUGCCAGGAGUCACUAAAAACACCUUUGAGGUGAUUCCAGUGAAUGCCAGCGGUGCCCCUAUAGGUGAAAUCCCAUUUGUACGCUCAGGACUGAUGGGAUUUGUAGGACCGGGCAGUCUGAUAUUUGUGGUGGGAAAGAAUGAGGGCUUGCUGUUGGUCAGUGGCCGUCGCCACAAUGCUGAUGAUCUGGUGGCUACAGCACUGGCAGUGGAGCCAGUAAAGACUGUGUAUAGGGGCAGGAUUGCUGUGUUCUCAGUUACUGUAUUCUAUGAUGAGCGGAUAGUGAUUGUGGCAGAGCAGAGACCUGAUGCCAGUGAGGAGGACAGCUUUCAGUGGAUGAGCAGAGUCCUGCAGGCCAUAGACAGCAUUCAUCAGGUUGGACUGUACUGCCUGGCAUUGGUUCCUGCCAACACACUUCCCAAAACUCCACUGGGAGGCAUUCACAUUUCUGACACUAAGCAGCUCUUCCUGGAGGGCUCUCUGCACCCCUGCAACAUUCUCAUGUGCCCCCAUACAUGUGUCACCAACAUGCCCAAACCCCGCCAGAAACAACCAGUUGGUGUAGGUCCUGCUUCUAUUAUGGUGGGUAACCUGGUUGCUGGAAAGAGAAUUGCACAAGCAGCAGGCAGAGAUCUGGGUAUGAUUGAGGACCAGGACCUGGUUCGAAAGCUGUGCAUGUGGCCUACAAUGAUGCAUCAGUACCUGGCAGAGGCUUUGCAGUGGAGAGCACAAACAGACCCGGACCAUGUGCUCUAUGUACUACUGAAUGCUAAGGGUGUAGCAGUGUGUACGGCAACAUGUGUCCAGCUUCACAAACGAGCAGAAAAAAUUGCAGCUGCUCUCAUGGAGAGAAGCGGGAUUAACACUGGAGAGAAUGUUGUGUUGUUAUACCCACCAGGUAUUGAUCUGAUUGCUGCUUUUUAUGGCUGUUUGUAUUCUGGUUGUAUUCCCGUCACCGUAAGGCCGCCACACCCGCAAAACCUCUCAGCCACAUUACCCACAGUCCGCAUGAUCAUCGAUGUCAGCAAGGCUGCCUGCAUCCUCACUACUCAGGUUCUCACGAAGAUUCUUAGAUCAAAAGAAGCAGCUGCAUCUGUCAACAUUAAAACAUGGCCCAUUAUUAUAGACACAGAUGAUCUCCCUCGCAAACGCCCCCAGACCAUUUUCAAGCCUCCAUCUGCUGAUGUGAUUGCCUACCUGGACUUCAGCGUGUCUACCACAGGCAUGCUUACAGGAGUCAAGAUCUCCCAUGCAGCCGUGAGUGCUCUGUGUCGAUCUAUAAAGCUGCAGUGUGAGCUCUACUCCUCACGCCAGAUCGCCAUCUGCCUUGACCCGUACUGUGGACUCGGCUUUGUGCUCUGGUGCCUUGCAAGUGUGUACUCAGGUCAUCAGUCCAUCCUAAUCCCUCCCUUGGAGCUGGAGACCUCAUUGUCUCUGUGGCUAAGCAUGCUAAGUCAGUAUCGGAUCAGAGACACCUUCUGCUCCUACUCAGUAAUGGAGCUCUGUACUAAGGGCCUUGGAGGACAGACAGAGAUGCUGAAGGCUCGAGGAGUGAAUCUGUCAUGUGUAAGGAGUUGUGUCGUGAUUGCUGAAGAACGUCCACGUCUAGCUCUUACACAGUCCUUUUCCAAACUGUUCAAAGACCUUGGACUAUCUACAAGGGCCGUAAGCACUGCCUUUGGCUCAAGAGUCAACCUGGCCAUCUGUCUGCAGGGUACCACAGGACCAGACCCCUCUACUGUUUAUGUGGACAUGAAGUCUCUUCGACAUGAUAGGGUGAGGCUGGUAGAAAGAGGAGCACCUCAGUCACUUCCUUUAAUGGAGUCUGGAACAAUCCUUCCUGGUGUGAGAGUGGUUAUAGUAAAUCCAGAAACUAGGGGACCUUUAGGGGAUUCUCAUCUGGGAGAAAUAUGGGUGAACAGUCCUCACACAGCGUCAGGUUAUUACACCAUUUAUGGAGAGGAGAGUCUGCAGGCUGACCACUUCAACACCAAACUCAGCUUCGGAGAUCCACAGACGCUCUGGGCCAGAACUGGAUAUCUAGGCUUUGUCAAGAGGACAGAGCUUACAGACUCCAGUGGAGAGCGACAUGAUGCCUUGUUUGUGGUGGGAUCCCUAGAUGAGACCCUUGAGCUAAGGGGUCUGCGUUACCACCCUAUCGACAUAGAAACCAGUGUACAGCGGGCUCACCGCAGCAUCGGCGAGAGUGCUGUGUUUACCUGGACCAAUCUGCUGGUGGUGGUAUCGGAGCUGUGUGGCUCUGAGCAGGAUGCACUGGACCUGGUACCACUGAUCACCAACGUGGUGCUAGAGGAGCAUCACCUGAUUGUGGGGGUAGUGGUGAUUGUUGACCCUGGAGUUAUUCCCAUCAACUCUCGUGGAGAGAAGCAGAGGAUGCACCUGAGAGACUCCUUCCUGGCUGAUCAGUUAGACCCUAUAUAUGUGGCCUACAACAUGUGAGGUGACUUUAAUUCAUGUUUAAGACUGCAGGAGCAGUCUGGAAAAGAUCUGCAGCCCUUAGCACAGACUCCCUUCUGUCUCAUGGCAUUUAUGCUGUUUGAGUCCUAAUUGUGUAGAAGAGCUUUGUGCUUCAUCAUAAGCAAGAAAUCCACUGUAAGUAAAUAACACCAGGUCUGAUCACUGCUGGGGCAUGAGAAUGUCAUUAUAUAUUUUUAUUUAUGUAUCCCCUUUCUCACUAAGUUGCUGGUUCUGUUUAGAGACAGUUCACAUGAUUGAGUGAAAAAAUAGCGUUAUAGUUUGUUGACUUGUCUCCUUUUUAUGUUUUAGUGGGAAAAAGUAAUUACAAAUGUGAAAUAUCUGGCAAUUUUUAACUGUCUGCAACACAAACCUGCAUUUAAAGAGCAAAAAAGGAAAUAUCAAAAUGUAAAUACAAUUUUAAAUUAUGAAUAAUGUUUUUCAUAAACAUGCCUGCAUACUUUGUCUUUGACUAUAAUACAAAAAACACUGUGAUGAGACAAGAAUA